AUGGAUCGAUAUAGAAAUUCUAAAUACAUUAAAAUCUUUAGGAAACUUGUGUAUUGCUUGCUUUUCAUAAUCAGAUAUAAGAUAGUUUAAAAUAUUAGGUAUAGAUAACGGUAGAGAAUGAAAAAAGCUUUUAAAACAAGAAUAGAUCAUCCCAAAAUGACUUUUCUUAAUAUUUUAGACUUUUCAUCAAACUAAUUUCAUAUAAACCCAAAAUUUAGAUCCGCAACUAAUUUUAAUACUGUCUAUAUCUAAAAUGGUACAGCUGUAAACUCUCCUUAAGAUUCAGAUGAGGAAUUUUAUCAUCUUAAACCAAGAAAGUCUUUGGUGCACAAGUUUUCAAUAGAGGAAGAAUUAAUGCGUAAAAAAUUAUCUAAAUCCCAAUAAAAACUAUACUUAAUGACUGGGUCAAAUUCAGUUUUAAAUUAAUAUGUAACAAAGAAAUUAAACUAAACUUAUCAAAAGUCAAUUGAAAAGCCACAAUAAAACGUAAUACUUCCAUAAAAUUCUAAAAAUAAUGUUGCAAGAUAAAAUUAAUCAGUCUACUUACCUAAUAUCAGAAUAAAAAAACUUAAUUGA